AUGAGCCUGAAGGACACUUUGCAGGGGGAGCUCUUCCAGGUGGCUGGUAAUCUUCCUCAAUCACAGACGGGAAGUCAUGCUCUGCCAGGUGUCACCAACCUGACUGGGGAGAGGCAUGUGAGGGCCGGCGCAGAGGUGCAAGAUGUGGCCUGGUGCAGCUGGGGGAAGUGCAGCGGCAAGGAGGCCAGAAGAAGGACUCCAGAAAUUGAUGCCACCGCCCUCCCCAGCAGUGGGCACAGUGAAGGACACAGCAACAGCAUCCCUGUGCCUCCACCACCAGAUUUUGCUGAAAAGGAGAAGGCAGCAGCUAGAGCUCUAGAGGACGUGAAGGCUAACUUCUACUGUGAAUUAUGUGACAAGCAGUACCAUAAACACCAUGAGUUUGACAACCACAUUAAUUCUUACGAUCAUGCUCACAAACAGAGACUGAAGGAGCUCAAGCAAAGGGAAUUUGCUCGGAAUGUGGCUUCAAAAUCCUGGAAAGAUGAGAAGAAACAGGAAAAAGCACUCAAGCGCCUGCAUCAGCUGGCUGAACUGCGGAAGCAGUCUGAAUGUGUUGUUGGAUGCCAACCUGUGGGUAAAACAUCCCAAAUGACUGAAGAAAAGCAGCCAGAGCUGCAAGAGGAAUUUCUCUUAGUUCCUGAGGACAAAACCAAGAAUGCUGCUGAAGGACAAAUUCUCACCAGCAACACUUCAGAGGAACAACAGGAUCUUGCAAUAAGCAAAAACCAGCCUUGCAUGGAGAGGUGCCAUUUGCUUCGGAAUCGUGUCUCUCCAGCAUUUCCCUGCGGCACCAAUGCCUGCAACCGAACAGGUGUGUCUUUCUCCUUCUCUAAAAAGGUUCAUUUGAAGCUAGAGUCAUCAGCAUCUGUUUUCAGUGAGAACCUGGAAGAAGCAUAUGACUGCACUGGAUCCCCUAGGCACACAUUGAAACAGACUCCUCAAGACUACCAUACUUGUAUACAUAUGAAUGAUGAAAGAAAAGCAACCAUACAAAAACGCUUACAUAGACUUCAAGGUCACAAAGAUAGCCUACCCUCAUGCAAUCCAGCUGUGCCAAGCAAAAUGCUGAAAGAAAAGAAUCACAAUGUCAACAGAGAACAUGCGGAAACUCGUCUACAUCCUCCAGAUUUGGGAUGCUGCAGAUCUCCUUAUGUAAAGGACCAAGUAAGAGAACUGAAUGAGACAAAGAAAUCUUCAGAAAUGGUUGUUCCAGCUCAAUACCAAACUAGCAAUGUAUGUAUGCAACAAAACAGUUAUAAGCACAGUGAUAACCUGUUAGCAGAGCAUGACUCUCAGUUCUCAACACAACGCUCAUCAGAGCAUGAACAUUCAUGUGCGGUAAGCUACCAUCCGUACGUGUUCAAAAAGACUGGUUCAUCUGAUCGUUUAAAAGCAGUAAAUGAAAACACUGGAAUACCUGGGGGUGAUGCAUUGGUUCAUAAAAUUAAGCCCAAAGCAUUACCUUUUCUGCACGUUUUGAGUAAAGAUGGCAGCACUGCCUUACGAUGGCCCACAGAACUUAUUUUGUUUACAAAAACGGAACCUUCUGUUUCCUAUGGUUGCAAUCCAUUAUAUUUUGAUUUUAGACUCUCCUUAUCUCAUAGAGAAACUGGACAUCAUGAAGCCAACCUAGAAAAUUGUAACGAGCACUCAGUAAUGAUGGACGUAGAUAGAAAUGAAGCCUCAGGUCUCACCAAGAACAAGCAGCUGUCCGAUGAACAAGAUAAUCAGUCUUUGAAGCCAAAGAAGGCAAGAGCUCUAAGCCUCAGAAAGUCCCAGCCAAAAUUGGAUUCAGAUAUAGAGAAUGAAAUGAAUCAAAGUGCUCCAAAGUGUAUUUCAGAUGGUUUGAAUGAAAGUAUACCUAAAGUGCCUGGUCCCCUCAAUUGCUCACAAAGGCAUUAUACAACAGCUCCACAGACAGAAAUGCCUGUGAGAUCUGUAGCACAGCACUUGCAGAACUGUGAACAAACUCUACAGGAGGAAAACAUUUGCAUCAGUCCUUUGGUGUCUAGAAUAAAGAAGCAAAAAUGUGUACAAUGUGAUUUAAUGUAUUCCCAAAGACAAAGCAACUUGGAUUUGGUCCCUUGCAGAAAAGAUGGCAUUCUUGGUUACAAGUUUGGUUCCGCUGGUGAAUGCUUGGAAAGUGAAAGGAAGGGAGAUUUUGCUGGAUGUUGGGAAUUCUCUUCUUUACAAAAGUCCUCCUCUGACAGGCAGUCUAAUUAUUCUGACACCUCUGUUAGCAGUGCAACUAGUUAUGCUAGUUGCUACUCUAGUCACCGAUCAAGUGAUCACAGUAGAAGUCAUUUGCCUUUUUGUUGCAAAAAGAAACAAAAGAUGGUUGAAAGGCAGAAGUAUAAACACAAAAAGCACAAUUGCAUCUCAUCUUCCGAUGAUGCGGAUGAGGACUGCCUUUUCAACAGUAAAAGUCAAAGACUUAGGAACUGUAUGCAGAGGCAUACGGUAAAAUAUCAAAGACAUUCAAGAUACAGGCAUUUACUACACAGAGACAUAUCAAAGCAAAGCCGAAACAGACAUUCUGCCUGUAAGCACAGCAGGUGUAGAAGCUACAGCAGCUCAAAAGGGUAUUCCACCCAAGAUUCAGGGAGCAGUGAAAGAUCAUCAAGUUGUACCAGAUCAAGGGGUAGCAGUUCAGAAUCAAUAUGUGAUUGGAACCAAUACAAAAGGAAUAUGCUAAACUAUUAUGGCUCCGAAUUUGGGAAAGCAGAUUCUGUACACUUUGACUGCCAAAAUAUAAGUUGCCCAGCACAGCAAGCUGGCAUUUGUUCUAUCAAACACCUGAGAAAAGAAGCAAUGGGUCAACGGAAGUCAUUAAUUGCCAAGCUGCUUUUAGAAAAAGUGAAAUCAAAGAAGAUCCAGGAGAAAAUUCAGAAUGGGGAGAGCGUUUCGAAUGUUUGUGGUGUAGAUCUCUGCCAUAGUCAAUCUGGCACUAAAUGUAUAUCUUCAGUGGAUAAUGAAGGAAUGUUACCUGUGCCUGAAAAUGCCCUCCACAUCAAUGCUACCAGCAUGUGGAACAGUGAAACCAGCACUGUGGAAAGCAGUACAAACAAAGAUCAAGUUGAAGCUUCAGCGAUAAAUAAUGCGGCUCCUACAGCUAACUACAGUCAUUGCCUCAAUUUAAUUCAAAGAGGAAAUGAGUAUCAGGCCUCAAAUAUGGAAAAGCACACAGCAAUAAUUGAGCCGUCAGAACUUUUAACUGGUGAAACACAACCCUUUCUACAAAGCUGUGACCCAGUACCAAAUGACUUUCCUGGUGCUUUUCCUUCUAAUAGAUAUUCUGUUGUCCCAAAUCCAACAGAGACCAAAGAAGAACACAAUGCAAGCUUGAACUUGAUGCAAGUAGAAGGGGAUUUCAGCUCUUACUCUGACAGCGCUAUGCAUAAAGACAAUGAAACAGAAAACAAGACUGAAUUGUACAGUAAGUGCAUCUCUUCUCCUUUAACUCAACAGCCUAUAACAUUUUCCCCUGAUGAGAUCGACAAAUACAGGUUUCUUCAGCUGCAGGCCCAGCAGCAUAUGCAGAAACAACUUGUGGCAAAGCAUCUUAAAGUUUUAUCUGCCACCAGACCAGCUGCCUUCUCUGCACCCCCAUCAGUUCAGUCGGUUCCUGUUCCGCAACACGCCUCUGUUGCCACCCUCCACCACACGUUUUUGCAAAGCUUUGCUCUCUCGGCUGCAGUACAUCCCCACAGCAGCCAUCUUUCCCUGACUCGUAUACACCCAUUCCCGCAGUCUCACUUUGCCCCAAUCUCUCUGUCGCCUUUCCCUCCAACUUUCAUGCCUGCGCACUCAGCCCUCCUGACAGGCCAUCCACUCCAUUUAGUAUCUGCCACUCCCAUUCACCCUUCUCACCUGGCAAUCCCCUCACUGCCCCAUCCAACAUUUAUCCCUACAUUGUUCACUCCGCAGCUCAGCGGAGCUGUACCUUCUGCAAUACAUCUCAAUCCUUUCAUUCACCCACUGUUCCAAGGGCAAGACUUUCGGCAUCGUUCUUGACCUUGCAAGAUGUGUUCACUGUCUGAAAUGAAAGGGAGGGGGGAAGCAAAUAUAAUUUUUUUAAAAAAAAUCUUCAUCCAAAACAGCUUAGAAGGGAAGUAUCCUUUUAAAAUCUAAUUGUAUAUCUUAAGGAAAACUGUAUCACUGAUCUAGAGCACAUCAAAAAUCCAGAGGGAAAUCAAGGUUGGCUGACACAGCAUUUUGAAUGUUAAUUUGAUUAACUGGACAUUCAGUUAACAUGAUCCAGAGUCCAUUCAUAAUAACUUAGAUUGAGAGUCAGUAUGUUUCCUUACUUUAUUGUAAGACUUACAUUAGUUUUUUUUAUCUUGAAAAGAAAAUAAGCGGAAGGAUAAUUCCUGAAGCCCAGUUAUUCUGAUACCCGCUUGGUAGGGGCAGGACGGUACCAUCAUCCCUGGAUUUUGCUUGAGGUACUUUAGUGCCAAUAGUAAAAUUCUGUUUACUUCCUUGUCUGGGAAAAUUCCUAGACAUUCCAACAGGACAACCAACAAUUUUGUUCUGGCUAAUUCUUUGGCAUAGUCAUCAAACCUUCAUAUGGCACACAGGUGUAUGAAUGUCAGUAGACUGAUAAACCUGGGGGUGGAUGGGCAGGUAAUUUUUUGAACUUACUUGUAUAAUUUGAUAUCUAACAUUAUAUUACACUAUAAGUGAUCACAUCUGAUUUCUGCAUCAAGUCUCCAACUGAUAAAAAGAAAUAUGAAGAAGAUUAUGAUGGUUUGGGUUUAUGAGAAUUGUACUGCUAUCUCUGAAAGUACACUGAAAUAUGGCAAAUAUGUACCACAAGAUCUGUGAACUCAAUAUACCUGCAUCUGGUUAACUUUUUAGACUGGGACAUUCAGCAUAUUUACUUGAAAGUUAUUUCUAUUAAAAUAAUUUAAACCAAUUUCCAAGUACAAUGAUUUGAGUCUGGGUGCUAAUAUUAAAAUAUGUGUCAACCAUACUGUAUGAUAAUCAUGGAUCCUAGUAAGUGAAGAGUGGGGUGGGUUUACUUCAACAUUUUUAUCUGUUCACAAAAUGUUCUCUGUUGCUUUCCUGUGAGACCCUGACAUGGCUAUGCCUUAGAAUGUCCUGACAUGAAGUCAGCUCUGCAGACCAACUUGUGUUCCACAAGCCUCCAGCAUCAGGUCUCCCAAAUGCAUUUCUGGCCAUUUGUAAAAUGUAGCUCCAUGCCAAGCUCACCACAGGGAGGUUAGAAUUGUGGCAGGAGAAGAGCGACCAGGUGAGCCUAUCCCAGCCAACUGUAAUUGUUUCCCAUUAAGCAUUGCUGUAAAAUGCUAAAGACGUCUCUUUGUUAUACAGUUUUACAAAAAUGUUUAAAAAUGCCACUGGAUUCAUUUUUCCAAUACAUUUUUUUUGUUUAUAUUAAAACUGAACAAUACUCUGGCUAGUAUAAGCUGUAAACUAGGUAUUUCGUUUUGUAUUCUAUGUAAAAAGUGUUUUAUAUUAUACAGUAGAUAAGUGAAAUUGCACUAUUGAACAUGCAAUGCAGCUUUUUUUUAAGGUAAUGAAAGUUGUUCCUGGGAAUGUAGUUUCAUGCAAUAAUUUUUUUUCAAUAAAAAGGCUUACAUGACAGAAAGAGUGUCAGUCAUGCAUUUUUGAAUACCAUUCCAAAAGGCAAAUUACAAAGUCAAAUGCAGAUGGGAGCAAACAUAGUCUGUAUUUUAAUCCACAAAAUUGAAAUGCAUUUAAUUUCAACAGGAAGCUGCAGUAACUGGUUUUUAGGCUAUUUUUUUUAAUAGCAUGUGUUAGUAGAGUUGUUUAAAUGGCUCUAUAAAUAAAUAUUCCUUUUUAAAAUCA